UUCUAAGAUAGUCGGCAGAUAGAAAGUCUUAAACUAAAAUGUGAUCAUGUCAGAUAAAAGGGACAGAGAACAAAAGGAAAACGACACUUAAAAAUGGUGAUGGCUAGUUCCUGAUGCAAAAUCUCCUGUUACAAAUAGAUAUUUGCCAGCGUCUCCCGAUAAUUUUUCAGUUACAAGAGUGCUGCUCCACAAACAAGCUUUGGAAGGUGUUCUCUUGAAAGGUUGACAAUGACUAGCAUCAGUCUUCUGGCUUUGCUGGUAGUGCUGGGCGGCCUGAGACUCCAGCUUACAAAUGCUGCCCCUGGUUUUUCUGACAGGAGGCAGAAGCUGGAUAUGCGUGAUGAGACCAGUCUUUCAGCUGGAGAAAAGAUGAGGUGGAUUCAGGAAAAGCUAGAUCAAGAUGGCAGCGUGACAUUUAAAUCUGAUGGAAUGGUUGUACAAGUAACCAAAGAUGAAGCAUUGCUUGAAAAACGUGGCCCAUCAAGUAAUUCAAUGUACACCUUCAUUCUAAAGGACCCUGCAACUAACUUAACAGUGGACAUUAAAGUCAAGACUUUUGACGAGAUAAUGCAGAUUCUGUUCCCCAUUUUCGAUUUUCUUUAAACAGUCAAUAUGCUUACACAUCAUUGAUAAGAAUUAACACUUAGAGCACUCUGUUCAUCUUGUUAGAGAAACUUUGAAGAGGUCUAACACAUAAUUUGUUUUUGUUUUUUGGUUGUUUUUUUUUUAUUUUGGUAUGCUGUGCAGUGGUAGAGAUUACUCUUCUGUUGGAAUAUUGCAUAGUAAUCCACAGAGUUGAGACUGUAUGCCUUGUUUGAGACAUGUACAUACGAAGGCAUCCUGUUGUCUGGUCAUGAACAGUUGAUCUUUAAUCUCAUCAUUACUUGUCUGCCCUUUGCUGUCAGUUUAAAGUUUUGUGAAGCAGAAUUGCUUUUGAAAAUCUUAUUGUCUGAGUGGUGAGUGGUAUGUGGGGAAAAGUGUAGCUUGGAAUUUUAUGGAGUUUAUGGAUGCUUAGAUGUGUUUACAUGACUGUGUUACCAAGCUGGGAACGCUUGUGUCAACAAAGCAACUGCAUCUUACCACUGAUGACUAGACACCAAAGCAUGACUUCCUCAUCAUUAGUUUUAAUGUGGGAUGAGGGUUUGAUUUUUCUAUAAUGUGUUUUGUCAAACAAAGACUGCAGAAGGAAGGAAGAGACAUUCAUCCUCUGUAUUCCCUCAAUCCUGCUAUAUUGUUCCUCGAUCUGUAUCCGCCAGUAAUAUCAGUUCUUAUGAGACAGCCUCCAUCAUGAAUAUUCAUAAGUGACAGCUAGAGAAGUGGCAUAAUGCCAAGCAGUCCAGAACUCCUUGUUUAAUCUACAUCUGUAAAUACAAAUUAAAGGAAACUAUUUCUUGAGAUCAUGGAUCCAAAAUUUCUUUUCAGAAAGCAUAGUUAACAUUAUGACUUGCUACAAACUGCUGGAGAUGAGGACUGAAUGGUAUAGCAUCUAAAAUAAUCUACAAAGUACACGUAAUAAAUGGCAGAAAGGAGAACUAUCACAUCUACUAGGAUUAGAGGGUCAGACUAUGGCAGGGAUAGGAAACAGGGCGGGGCCAGAAAGGAAAAAGACACUUAAAUGGUGAUCGCUAAUUCCUGAUGCAUGAUCUCUCGUUACAAAAACAAUUCCCUGACAGAUUUUUCUGUUGUAAUAGUGCUGCUUCACAAACAAAGCCUUGGAGGGUGUUCUCUUGAAAGGUUGACAAUGACUAGCAUCAGUCUUCUUGCUUUGCUGGUAGUGCUGGGCGGCCUGAGACUCCAGCUUACAAAUGCUGCCCCUCGUUUUGCUGACAGGCAGGAGAUGCAUCUGCGUGAUGAGGAAGGCAGUGAUGAGACAAGUCUUUCAGCUGAAGGAAAGAUGAGGUUGAUUCGGAAAAAGCUAGAGCAGGAUGGCAGCGUGACAUUUAAAUCUAAUGGAAUGAUUGUACAAAUAACCAAAGAUGAAGCAUAUGGGAGCAAUGUGUCAGAGGAUGAUGAAAACACAUCGUUUGAAAAACGUGGCCCAUUAAAUGGUUCCAUGUACACACUCACUGUAGAGGACCCUGCAAUUGAAUCAAAAGUGGACGUUAAAGUCAAGACUUUUGCAGAGCUAAUGCAGAUUCUGAUCCCCAUUCUCAAUUUCCUUUAAAUGGUCAAUAUGGUUACACGUCAUUGAUAAGAAUUAACACUCUGAGCACUCAGUUAAUCUUUUAGAGAAACUUUGAAGAGGUCUAACAUAUAAUUUAUUUGUUUGUUUUGUUUUUUGUUUUUGUUUUUUUGUAUGGGGUGCAUUGGUAGAGAUUACUCUUCUGUUGGAAUAUUGCAUAGUAAUCCACAGAGUUGACUACAGACUGUAUGCCUUGUUUGAGACAUGUUGUACAUACCAAGGCUGCUGUUGUCUGGUCAUGAACAGUUGAUCUUUAAUCCCAUCAUUACUUGUCUAACCUUUACUGUCAGUUCAAAGUUUUGUAAAGAAGAACUGCCUUUAAAAAUCUUAUUGCCUGAGUGGUGAGUGGUAUGUGGGGAAAAGUGUAGCUUGGAAUUUUAUGGAGUUUAUGGAUGCUGAGAUGUGUUACCAAGCUGGGAAUGCUCUUACCACUUAUGACUAGACACAAAAACACGAAUUCUUUAUCAUCAGUAUUAAUGUGGGAUGAGGGUUUGAUUUUUCAAUAAUGUGUUUGGUGUACUAUAAUGUGAUUGCAUUUUGUUAAAGACUGAGGUGAAGAAGGAAGGAAGAAAACUGCACUAUUUAUCCUCUGUAUUCCACCAGUCUUACUAUAGCUCCUUGGUAUCUCACCAGUUCUAUUAUCAUUUCUCAAUAUUCCACCAGUUCCCUAUGAGGCAGCCUAAGUCAUGACUAUUCAUGAGUGACAGCUAGAGCAGUGGCACCAAGCCAAGCAGAACUCGUUUAAUUCAGCUGUAAGUAACAAAUUUAAUAAAACGUUUUCUUGAGGUUAUGGCUUCAGAAUACCCUUCCAGAUAACAAAGUUAACAUUAUGACUUGGGACAAACUGCUGGCAAUCUGGACUGAAUGUUUGCUUCUAAAAUACCAUACAAGUCAGAAUCUGACUAUGCUGUACAGCCUUCUACAUUAAUGAAAUGGAUAAUAAAUUUCUUUUCACUUGCUA